AUGAGCACACGGGGAGACCCAGCCCAACCAGACCUUGAAAGUUGCAGAGGCACCAUGAGUGCCGAGGAGGACGCCAAGUGGCUUCAGUGGGUGACACACCAGUUUGAGACCAUUGCGGGAGAAGACCGGGAGAUCAACCUGCAAGAAUUCAAAACAGCCUUGAAUGUGAAAGAGUCCUUCUUUGCCGAGAGAUUCUUCGCCCUGUUUGACUCCGAUGGAAGUGGCACCAUCACGCUCCAGGAGCUGCUGGAGGCGCUGACCCUGCUCAUCCACGGCAACCCCAUGGACAAACUCAAAUUCCUCUUCCAGGUGUACGACGUUGACGGCAGCGGCUCCAUCGACGCGGAUGAGCUGCGCACCGUGCUGCAAUCGUGCAUGCGCGAGAGUGCCAUCUCGCUGCCAGACGAGAAACUGGACCAGCUGACGCUGGCGCUCUUCGAGUCGGCCGACAAGGACAACAACGGCGCCAUCACCUUCGACGAGCUCCGGAACGAGCUGCAGCGCUUCCCCGGGGUCAUGGAAAACCUGACCAUCAGGUGCGGCUCUGUCUCCAGCGUGGGCACUGCCCGCUUAGGGGUUACCCUUCAGGUGCUGAUGCUCAGACGCUGCCUCACUUGGCUGCGGGCCACGUGGCUGGCUCAGGUCCUGCCGCUGGACCAGAACAUCCAGUUCCACCAGCUCAUGGGCUGGGUGGUGGUUGGGCUCUCCCUUGUGCACACCGUGGCCCACGUUGCGAACUUCGCGCUCCAGGCUCAGUCCGGGGCCAGCCCCUUCCGGUUUUGGGAACUGCUGCUCACCACGAGGCCCGGCAUUGGCUGGGUCCGUGGCUCCGCCUCCCCGACCGGAGUGGCGUUGCUGCUGUUGCUGCUCCUUAUGUUUGUCUGCUCCAGCUCCUGCAUCCGAAGGAGCGGCCACUUUGAGGUGUUCUAUUGGACUCAUCUGUGCUACCUCCCCAUGUGGAUCCUGCUCAUUGUGCACGGGCCCAGCUUCUGGAAGUGGCUUCUGGUCCCUGGCAUCUUGUUCUUCCUGGAGAAGGCCAUCGGGCUAGCAGUGUCCCGCAUGGCAGCCCUGUGCAUCGUGGAAGUCAAUCUCCUUCCCUCCAAGGUCACCCAUCUGCUCAUCAAGCGGCCCCCUCUGUUCCACUAUAGGCCGGGCGACUACCUGUAUCUGAACGUCCCCACCAUUGCGCGUUACGAGUGGCACCCGUUCACCAUCAGCAGCGCGCCGGAGCAGAAAGACACCAUCUGGCUACACGUCCGGUCCCAAGGGCAGUGGACAAACAGGCUGUAUGAGUCCUUCAAGACAUCAGACCCUGUGGACUCCAAACGGCUGUCAAGGAGUUUGAGGAUGAGAAGGAGCCAGAGGAAGCCCCAGGUCUCCGAGAUGUCCUCUGAGAACCAUCUGUUUUGCAACAUCAAGUGCUAUAUCGACGGCCCUUACGGAACCCCCACCCGCAGGAUCUUUGCCUCUGAGCAUGCGGUGCUCAUCGGAGCAGGCAUCGGCAUCACCCCGUUCGCUUCCAUCCUGCAGAGCAUCAUGUACAGGCACCAGAAGAGGAAGCACAUCUGCCCCAGCUGCCAGCACUCCUGGAUGGACGACGUCCAGGAUGAGGACAUGAAGCUCCACAAGGUGGACUUCAUCUGGAUCAAUCGAGACCAGCGGUCUUUCGAGUGGUUUGUGAGCCUGCUGACCAAACUGGAGCUGGACCAGGCCGAGGAGACACGAGAGGGCCCCUUCCUGGAGCUGCAUAUGUACAUGACCUCUGCACUGGGCAAGAAUGACAUGAAGGCCAUUGGCCUGCAGAUGGCCCUCGACCUCCUGGCCAAGAAGGAGAAGAAGGACUCCAUCACGGGCCUCCAGACACGCACCCAGCCUGGGCGGCCUGACUGGAGGAAGGUGUUCCAGAAAGUGGCUGCUGAGAAGAAGGGCAAGGUGCAGGUCUUCUUCUGUGGCUCCCCAGCUCUGGCCAAGGUGCUCAAGGGCCAUUGUGAGCACUUCAGCUUCAGAUUCUUCCAAGAGAACUUCUAG